AAUGACUCGUAGUGUAAAUAUUUUUAUUAUUUUAUUUAUUACAUUAAUUAUUGGAAUAUGCACGGAGGCAAAAAUCCGUAAACAAUUUAUUGACUCUCCACAGGAACCACAGGCUAAAUCGGUUGAUGUAAAUUUACAUGGCACAGAACAAAUCAAAAUUCAAAAGCCAAAAAGUUUAAAAGCAAUGGUUGAUUAUGGACUUUGCAAACAAGAAUGUAAACGAAAACGAGACCAAGAAUCUACUGGACAGUAUGCGCAAUGGCUUAGGGAGGAGCUUAAAUUUGCUGAAGAACAAUUACGAACUCAAGAAAAUCAACAACCUUGA